AACUCCCCCACAGCCCUGACUCGGGGAGUGGGGACCGCGGGGACGUGGAAUAAAGAGACGCGCAAGUUUUUAACUCGUUGACAUUUCUUCCUUCGCCUCCUCACCUCCGCCAUCUCAGUGACUUGGGGGUCUCUCCUCUCCCCCUCUCUCCCCCCCUUCUCCCCCCUCACCAACCAAAAAAAAACAACAACAACAACAACAACAAGAAGCGCACUCCGAGGGGAUGAUGUUUCAAGGAUUCGUUGGAAGAAACCUGCUGUGAUUUUAUGCAACUGUACAGUACAAAUGUUCCAUCUCCUUUUAUCAAGUCUCCAGCGACAAUUUUUAUAGCCUCCGUCCAACUCAGAAACUCUGAAGAAUGACGGUGAAAUAUGAACUGCAACAUGAGCUACAAAGCAGAAAUCAAUUAGAAUCAACAAUGAACACUACUCCAGAAUCAUAACCAAAGAACAGCCUUCAGUUUGUGUAACGUGAUCCGAUUGGUUUUACUGACUUGAAGUGAGAUAGAAUGGAAGGGGCCCAAAGACAAGCCAAUAAGUCAGCACCAAUUUGCUUGCCGGGAAAUGUGCCCAUCUGGGAGUGCUUUUUGCGCUGGCGAGUCUGGCUGGCUGCCAUGCUGUACUGAUCUCCAGCAUGCCCUGGGAAAUGUCAAAGAAGUUUUAGCUUUGUUUUAAAACAAAUGGCAACUUCUGCAGAGUCAAUAGUUUGCAGACACAUUUCAGUCUGCAGCUGUGUGUUAAACUUGUGACAUUUGCCUAAGAGUCAUUUUACAAAGGGAGAAUGGAACUGCAAAGUAUUAAAUCACGACUGUUAUGGUGCCACGUAAGUCCAAACAUUGAAUUUCAUGACCUGCUUUCCCAUACAUACUUUGACCAAACUGACAGACUGAUACCCGUCUCCUCUCCUGUUCUGUUUGCAUCCAUUGACUUGAUUAAUUGACUUGAUGUCAUUGUCAGAAGAAUUGAUCGUCUAUGUCAUUGAUAAAAGCUGAGUCCACAUUUGUUUUAUUCCUUGACUAUAAUGGACCCGAAUGACAACAGUGAUGAGAAAAUCACCACUCACAAGCUGUAGAGCCAGAUGUUGCGCAUUUACACAGCACUUUGAGCCUGAGUUACAUUGGCUGAUCAACUUUAGAUGACACUUUUCCCCAGCUACCUGUUUCAUUGGUUGCUGCUUUGCAGCUUUUCCCAAAACGAUGGGCCGUAAGCAAAGCAAUUUUCUGCAGACAUCGAAAUGUAACCGUGCCCCACAGCAGAAUCCAAAGGCAAGUUCUGUUCUACUUAAGCAGGAAAGUCGACCUCCUGCUAACGUUGUGCAGCAGAUCCAUCAGCGCAAAAGCAAGAUCCAGCAGGUGCACUUCAAAGAGGAUGCUGCAUCUUCCAUGAAAGCAAGAAGUGAAGGAAUGUCUGGGCAAGGAUCAGGAGCACUCAAAGGGAAAAUGCAAUACUCCAAGCAUUGCACCCUAACUAAUUGCUCACUGACUAUUCCUAAACCACAAGGGGUCCUCAAGAGCAUUGCCAUUCAGACGUCACCAAGUCUGAGGAAGCACCUUCCAAAGUUCAGAAGUCGAGUUCGGAAUGCUCCUACAUCAGCUAAGGUCAACACAUUGGUGUCAACUGAUCCAACAAAAGCCAAUGACGCUGCUCUUGCAGUCAACGACGUCUCUGUGGGUGUUUCUGCUAAGGACUUUACUGACCUCACGACUACAAUGAAGGCCAAGCAAACAGAGGCUAACCAACCUCAGGAAAGCCCAAAUGAAACCCAAAACAUCAAACUUCCAUCUUCCCAAUGCAACACAUAUAGUACUGUAAAGAACCAUUUGCCACAAGCACCGGAUAUUGAUUUACAAGAUGCACUAAAGGAAACACAAGGUUCACACCACUGUGUGUCUGCAUCCAAAGUUAUACACCACUCCAAAAGCUUGACAUUGGACAACCAAACAAACCAUAGCCAUGCCCACCGCAAACCAGGAUCCCCUCUAUGUAAAUCUACCGAGCGCAAGAAUAAUCGCUGUUAUAGUUGUUCUAGCAUACACAAGUUGGAGUCCGAAACAUUGAGAUCCACAGGGCUUUCUGAUUUAACUCAAACUGAACAGCGAUCUAGGUCCAGCAAAUCCAACUUCCUUCAUAAAGACAAUGACAGACCAGAGGCCCCACCAUUUCAUCCUGAGCCUUUGGCUUCAGAAGCUGAUCAAACGUCAAUGCCAUUGACGGGGACUGAUUAUUCAGGAUUACCUUGUUCCUUACCACUGAACUCAUUAAAUGGUGUUCAGCAGGGGCUACUAAACACUGGAAGCUCUUUAUCACCUGUUCAUAAUCAUUCACGUUCUCCUACGAUGAAAAUAAAAUCUCAAGUUACCAGAAGGAUUAAGGAAAUCAAUCAAAUUCAUCUCACUAGGGAUGACUUGCAUGACCUGCAGGGAAGGAUGCAGUCCAUUGAGGAGACUUUACAAUCAAACCAACAAAAGAUUAAAGUCCUCUUGAAUGUAAUUCAAGAUAUGGAGAAAAUCAAAGCACUCAAUGAAGGGAGGAACUUCUACCGAACAGGCCAGGACCUCAGUAAUUGCAGCACGUGUCAGAACACGGCCUGCAUCAUCUACAGUGUAGAAUAUGACUUUAGGCAGCAGGAAGGCAGAUAUAAUCAAGUACUACGGACUCUGGAAUACGAAGAGGAAAAUCCACACCCGACACAUGUGGCCAGACACAAUUCAGAUAAUCCAAGUGGACAGAAACAGGACAUGAAGAUUAAACCACGAAAGACGAAGAAAGCAUGCUUUUGGUGUAUAUAAUCAAGCAGUGCCAAAGCCACUGGCAUGAAAUGAGAUCCAUCCUUUCAGCUUUCUUGCAAAUUUCAGUCCUCAGAAGCUUGAUUAUGAUCUCCUGAAGAUGACCAGAAGUCGCACCCUGGAAGGUGAAA